AUUCUUCAACUCCAAAUGCCUAUAUAUACAUCCUCCAAUUUCACUUCAAAGCAUACCAAAACUAAAACAAGCAGCUAGAAGCGAUUAGUGGGUCGCAGUUCAAAGUGUAGUACCAGCAAAAAUGAAGGGUGCUGUUGUAUCAAUGUUGCUAAUGACAGUGAUGGCUCAGCUUUUAGUUAAGCCAGGAGAGGCGGCUGUGACUUGUGCCCAAGUCAAUGCAUCACUGGCUGCAUGCAUUCCGUAUCUCACAGCAGGUGGCACGCCUGCCACAGCAUGCUGUGAUGGUGUCAAGAAUCUCAAGGCCAUCACCCCUACCACCGCUGACCGCCAAGCGGCUUGCAACUGCGUUAAGGAGGCUGCUGCGCGCCAUCCCAAUAUCAAAGAAGAUGCAGCAUCUUCUCUCCCUACCAAGUGUGGAGUUCAAAUGAAUAUCCCUAUCUCAAAGAACACCAACUGUCAAAACAUCAACUGA